UGCAGACACUUCGAUUGCGUUUCUCAUUAUCAGUUAACAAAACAGGCAGCUCGUCUUGUCUUCAGCCUCGCCUCGCCUCCGGUUCGCAAUGGGAGAAGUUGCUGUCUUUGUUGAGACUAACUUGGGAACCCGAAUCGCCAUGACGGUUUCUCUUGAUAUCACAUCCCCAGAUUUCAAGAGAAAACUUGAGGAAACACAUGCAAGUUGCCUACCCAGCUUAGGGGAGAUACGAGUUCAUAGUCUAAUGGUUCAACGAAAGUCUCAGUUUUAUUACCUUGCUCAAUCUCUGCCUAUAAAGUACAUCUUCCGGGAUAACCAUCCUAAGCCCUGGUUUAUCCACGCAGAAGCUAGACUUGUUACCAUAUCACAAGAGCCAAGCAUAUCCAACAGCUCUGGUAAAUCUCAAAUUGGGCAUUUCUCCGGUUCUGAUCAAUCCCCUCAAAGAGUCGUUGGGCUGAUCCAUGGUGUAAACAGGAAGACAAAGAAAUCUCUGGCCAAACCCAUCCCUAAACCUUCACUGGUGGACAAGGAGUGUGAGUUUGUUGGUUCUGAAACCAUAGUAAGGUCUUCAUUGUCAACAGCAAGAGCUGCUGAGUUGAACUCGAAAUGUUUCAUGGCAAUAACGACGCCGGAGAGGGAAACUGGAGAGACUGCGAGUAAAAGUGAAACGAUUAGCAAGAAGCUAAUUGUGGCUGCAAACAACAUCAGAAUGCAAGGAAAGUCUAGUAUGUCUUGUUCACUAUCGUCAUCUAUCUUCAGAAGCAAGAAUCGGAUAAAGAGAAGUAUAGAUGGUAAAACACUCGCUUCUCUUGCAAAGUUUAUGGUCUUUGAGAUACCUGAUACCGAGGAUUGAGUCACUAAAAGGGAGGGAGUGAUACUCUUGAAAAAAAAAAAGAUAUGGCUGGCUACAUUUCUUCAGUUUGUCACCGGAACAUCAAAGGUUCCUUUAGAAGGUUUGGGGUUUGCUUAAACAAAACAGGACCAGUGAAAAUCCAUCAAUCCUCCAUUCUUUCUGACUCCUCUGUAAAUGCCAGUAAGCUCCUCUUUAGAUUUUAUCUGUCCAUAGGAUCUUUCGGUAAUGACUGCAGAAUGAAAAAAAAAAAAACAUUGGAGAGUGGACUUUUAUCUGUCCAUAUAUGUUAAA